GAGGCUGAGCAAACAGAGCAGCAGGAAGGGCAGCUCCUCUUCUUUAGUUCCCCGCCUUCCCUCCCUCCCUGUCUCCGCCUCUCCCUCCCAUCUGCAGGCUUCAGAGCAGAGACCUCAGGGAGCUCAGAGCCAAGCUGGCCAGGCACUCAGCUAGAGGCUCUACCAUGGCAUCCCUGAGACCUCUUCUCAUGCUGGUCCUGCUGGCAUGGGCUGUUCUGGCUGACCAAGAAUCAUGCAAGGGCCGCUGCACUGAGGGCUUCAACGCUGACAAGAAGUGUCAGUGUGAUGAGCUCUGCUCUUACUACCAGAGCUGCUGCGCCGACUACAUGGCCGAGUGCAAGCCCCAAGUGACUCGUGGAGAUGUGUUCACUCUGCCAGAAGAUGAGUAUGGGUUUGGUGACUAUGAGGAGACCCAAAACAACGCCACUGUCCACAAACAGCCAGAGGGCCCCUCGAUCCCUGACACGUCAGCCCAGCCUGAAAGGAAUCCUCAGCAGGCACCUGACUUGAACCCUGAGGAAGAAGACCCUAUGCCUGAGGCGAGUACCCAAGAGCCUGAGAUGAGCACCUCAGAGCCUGAGCGAGUAGACUCAAGGCCUGAGACCACUGUUCAGGUGACCUCCGAGUCCCCAGCAGAAGAGGAGCUGUGCAGUGGGAAGUCCUUUGAUGCCUUCACCGACCUCAAGAAUGGCUCCCUCUUUGCCUUCCGAGGACAGUACUGCUAUGAGCUAGACGAAAAGGCAGUGAGGCCUGGGUACCCCAAGCUCAUCCGAGACGUCUGGGGCAUCGAGGGCCCCAUUGAUGCUGCCUUCACCCGCAUCAACUGUCAGGGGAAGACCUACCUCUUCAAGGGCAGUCAGUACUGGCGCUUUGAGGACGGUGUCCUAGACCCUGACUACCCCCGAAACAUCUCUGAAGGCUUCAGUGGCAUCCCGGACGACGUGGAUGCAGCCCUGGCUCUGCCUGCUCAUAGCUACAGUGGCCGGGAGCGGGUCUACUUCUUUAAGGGGAAACAGUACUGGGAGUACCAGUUCCAGCAGCAGCCCAGUCGGGAGGAGUGUGAAGGUAGCUCCCUGUCGGCUGUGUUUGAGCACUUUGCCCUGCUGCAGCGGGACAGCUGGGAGGACAUCUUUGAGAGUCUCUUCUGGGGCAGAUCCUCUGGUGGUACCAGUCAGCCCCAAUUCAUCAGCCGAGACUGGCAUGGUGUGCCGGGGCAAGUGGAUGCAGCCAUGGCUGGCCGCAUCUACAUCUCAGGCUCAGCACCCCGCUCCUCCUUGGCCAAGAAACAAAAGUCCAGGCGUCGCAGCCGCAAAGGCUACCGUUCACGCAGUGGCCGUGGCCGUGGCCGCAGCCAGAACUCCCGCCGGCUAUCCCGUUCUCCCUGGCUGUCCUGGUUCUCCAGUGAGGAGAGCGGGCUAGGAACCUACAACUAUGAUGACUAUGGGAUGGACUGGCUUGUGCCUGCCACCUGUGAGCCCAUCCAGAGCGUCUUCUUCUUCUCGGGAGACAAGUACUACCGAGUUAACCUCCGCACACGGAGGGUGGACACUGUGGACCCUCCAUACCCACGCCCUAUCGCGCAGUACUGGCUGGGCUGCCCAGCUCCUGGUCACCUGUAGGAGUCAGAGUUCACACAGCUGGGCCUGCUGCAGCUCCUUCCCGCAACCUCCUCCUCCCAGCCCAAUAAAAAUCCCUUCGCCCUGAAUUUAA